AUGGCGCAGACUGUUCUCGUCACCGGGGCCGCUAGCUCCAUAGGGCGAGCCGUCGUCGAGCGGCUGGCUACCCACGGCCACCGAAUUGCCGCCGCCGACACCGCAAAGCAGCUGAGCGAGCUGAAGGAGCAUUUGAAAAAGAUAAAAGGCGAUAUCGCCCCCGUCGAAGUUGACGUCACAAAAGCAGAGCAUCGCAAAGAAUUAUUUCAAAAAGUAGAGUCAGCUCUUGGCCCCAUCGAUAGUUUGAUCAUCUGCCCGGGGCAGAACCCCUCCCGCGGCAACACAAUCGAUGAAACAUGCGCCGGGAUGCUGGACAAGGUGAUGACUCAAUAUGUCACGACGCCUUUCCGGUUGGCACAACAGGGCAUGGACUCGCUCCAAAAAUCUAAAAACGGCAGCAUCGUGUUUUUUGGGUCUAUCGGCGGCUUCCAGCCAAUGAUCGACCUCGGAAUGUAUAGUGUAGCUUCCUCAGCCGUGUUGGCGUUGACAAAGGCUGUUGCCAUGAGCGCCGCGACAAGAAAAGUGCGCGCAAAUGCUGUGAUUAGCGGGAUGAUUGAUGGUGAUGGCUCUUCAGCGGUUUGGGACUCUGGGUUCGAGAUUUUUGAGAACGAAUCAAUUGCGAAGACUCGCGAGGCCAUCCCGCAGAUGAUCCCACUCGGACGCCUCGGACAACCCGCAGACAUUGCCGGCGCCGUCUCAUUCCUCAUAUCCACUAACGCCAGAUAUAUUACGGGAGAAAAUCUAGUGCUCAGCGGCGGUGUACAAGUUCGGUUC